UGCUUUCGGUUUUCGUGCAUCGUCCUUAAACACUCCACGAUCUGUAAGCGCUGGAGUGGAAUCAAAUGUUGAACGAGCGGCGAAGCAAGAAGCUCAAAUAUUGGCUCGUAUUUCUGAGCUUCGCCGUCAAGGAAUGUGGAGCAUAGAUAGGCUGCCAAUGAAUGAGAUGCCUCCUAGAAAUAAGACACAUUGGGAUUAUUUGUUGGAAGAAGUACGAUGGAUGGCUGUUGAUUUUAAACAAGAGAGAAAUUUUAAGCGACAUGCGGCAAAAAAGUUUGCAACGCAGUUAGCGCGGGUAGUUCGCGAUAAAGAAAUGGAGGUUGAGCGCGCAAAGCAGCGAUCCAUCAAAGAAGCUAAGCGAGUUUGUGCCUUUAUUGCUCGAAUGAUUCGCGAUUUCUGGCAAAAUGUUGAUAAAGUUGUGGAUCUUCGUGCUCAGGAAGUACUUGAUUCUAUGAAAAGAAAGGCGUUAGAUCAACAAUUAGAAUUGAUGGUGGGCCAUGCAAAUAAAUUGAGUGAAAUGGUUCAGGAAGGAAUUAAAACAUUUUCAGAAAAUGAGGAUGAUGAUGAUGAAAAUGAUGAUGAUUACGUGAAUUGUCUAGAUGAAUCAGAUGAUGAGCGAACCAUUGCGAAAGAAGACAUUUUAGAAUCAGAUGUGGGUGAAGAAACGGCAGAUUUAGCGAAAGAAAGUGAAAUGGAUCUGGAUGAACUUUUAGCUUCAGUAUGUUAUUUGUUAUUUUUAUUAUUUCAGAAAGUUGAUUUCGGAGAGAGAAUUAUGCAUACACAAUCAAAUGAAGAUGAUAUUGAGAAGAUCCCAGACGAUAUUUCGACCAAGGAAUCUACUGGAAGUAAUGAUGAAGAAAUUGCGGAAGUUGAUGAUGAAACAUCAGUACCACCUGAAGAAGCGAAAGAUGAAAUUAUGAAAAUCAAUUACGAUCGUCUUAUAUCAGAGAAUAGUGAAGAACGCCAAAAGGAGCUAGCUAAUAUAGCUGAAGAAGCAUUGAAGUUCCAACCAAAAGGUUUCACUCUUGAAACAACGCAGGUGAAGACUGAAGUGCCUCAUCUUAUUCGUGGAGUAUUAAGGGAAUAUCAAAUGGUUGGAUUGGAUUGGCUUGUUACGCUUUACGAAAGGGGUCUCAAUGGUAUUCUAGCAGACGAAAUGGGUCUUGGAAAAACAAUUCAAACAAUUGCUCUGCUUGCUCAUGUUGCUUGUAAAGAUUGCAAUUGGGGACCGCAUCUUAUUGUUGUUCCCACUUCCGUUAUCUUGAAUUGGGAAAUAGAAUUGAAGAAGUGGUGUCCUGCUUUUAAAAUCUUAACCUACUUUGGUUCUCAGAAAGAGCGUGCUGAAAAAAGGAGAGGUUGGUCAAAACCGAACGUUUUUCAUGUCUGCAUUACGUCAUAUAAGAUAAUAACGCAAGACAUCCGUUCAUUUAAGCAAAAAGCGUGGCAAUAUUUUGUGCUGGAUGAGGCUCAAAAUAUCAAAAAUUUCAAAAGUCAACGAUGGCAAAUGCUUUUAAAUGUGCGCGCGCGAAGGCGAUUGCUUCUCACGGGAACUCCGCUUCAGAAUUCACUUAUGGAACUGUGGUCCUUAAUGCAUUUUUUAAUGCCGGCCAUUUUCGCUUCACAUAAUGAUUUUAAAGAUUGGUUCAGUAAUCCUUUAACUGAUAUGAUGGAGGGAAAUGCUGAAUGGAAUGCUCCACUUGUUCAAAGGCUCCAUAAAGUUCUACGGCCGUUUAUUUUACGUCGUCUUAAAACAGAUGUAGAGAAGCAGUUGCCUGAAAAAACUGAACAUAUUGUGAUGUGUCCGUUAUCAAAGCGACAACGAUAUUUAUAUGAUGAUUUCAUGUCGCAGAGAACAACGCGCGAAAAUUUGCGUUCGGGAAAUGUGAUGUCAGUUUUAAAUAUUGUUAUGCAAUUGCGUAAAUGUUGUAAUCAUCCGAAUUUAUUUGAACCCCGACCAAUUGUCUCUCCAUUCGCCUUACGCCCAAUUGUUCUUACUUUCCCUGCUAUUAAUCGUUCCAGUGAAGCGUGCCAUUUAGCUAUUAAUAAAGCAUUUAUCGAAGCAGUUAAUAGGAAAGAUGAACUUUUUCCCAUUCCUAAAAGGACAGGCUUCAGGUUCUGUCGUCAGCAGUUCGCCAUAUAUGUUGAUGGUGCUGUAGCUGAUGCACCAACAGUGUGUGCAACAUCGAAAGGGCGUCCAGCUUAUAUACGUGAGAUGGUUGUUAGUCAUAGCGCUGCUUGUCGCAAGAUUUUUCUAGGACGCGAUCGGCUUGUUGCAGAAUCCUUGGCGAUGCAGAAAUUGCAGUUUCCUGAGCUUCGAUUAAUUGAAUAUGAUUGUGGAAAGCUACAAAUUUUGAGUGCGCUUCUUCGCGAUCUUUUCCUUUAUAAACAUCGCUGUUUAAUAUUUACACAAAUGUCGCGUAUGUUGGACAUAUUACAAGGAUUUUUGUCCUUUCACGGUUAUCAAUAUUUUCGUUUGGAUGGUUCUACUGGUAUCGAACAACGUCAAGCUUUAAUGGAACGCUUUAAUGCCGAUCCGAAAAUAUUUUGUUUCAUUCUUUCAACUCGUUCUGGUGGUAUUGGUGUUAAUUUAACCGGCGCAGAUACUGUAAUAUUUUAUGACUCAGACUGGAAUCCAACAAUGGAUGCGCAGGCCCAAGACCGUUGCCAUCGCAUUGGUCAGACAAGAAAUGUGACAAUCUAUCGGCUUAUUAGUGAACGUACUAUCGAAGAAAAUAUUCUUCGAAAAGCCAUGCAGAAGCGGCGCUUAGGCGAAUUAGCUAUCGAUGAAGCUGGUUUCACUCCUGAAUAUUUUAAAGGAGAUAAUAUACGUGAUUUAUUCGAUGGAUAUCAGUUACCAAAUGAAACAAUUACACCUAUUUCAAUAGCUGAUACUGCUGAACUAGAAAAAGCAAUGGCUACAAUUGAAGACGUGCAAGAUGUUGAUGCAGCUAGACGAGCGAAUGCGGAAGCCAGAGCAGAAUUGGCUGAAUUCGAUGAAAGUCAACAAAAUUUCAUUGAAAAUAUUCUUGAAAAAGCAGAUUCUAAAUAUUUAGAACUUAUAAAUCAGUUGAAGCCCGUCGAAAGGUAUGCAAUAAAUCUAUUGGAAGCGGAAUAUAAGCCUGAUUUCGAAGAAGAAGUUAAGGAGGCCGAGGUCUGGAUUCUAAUGGUUUUUAAUUCACGAUGCUCAGAUUAUCGUAUUAUGAAGGAAGAUGCACGCAGAGCCAUAACACCUCCUCCUCGCGAACGUGAAGCUCACGACUAUGAAGGGCUUCCUUGGCUUAUUACUGAUGAUUACUUAUUUUGUUUCUUCAGAUCUCCUAGACAGUGUUGUGUUCAUUAUCAGAUUGUUAUAAUACCUCGCGAAGAUAGUCGUACUGCUGCCUUAGAUCCAAUAACUAAAAAAAAUAAGAAAGUUCUUCUUACUCAUACUGAACUAAAUCAUAUAAAAAGCGGUCGUCUUUCAACAGAACAGCAGUAUUUCGUUGAUGUGCAUAAAAUUUAUCAUCAGCGAUGUAUACAGAUUAUCAGACCAGUGAAAUCUUUGGCUUUAAAGAAGUUGUCAUUAAAAAAUUUCUCAGGUAUCUUAUAUAUUUUAUAA